GGCUAACUUACCAAAAAAAUCCUCAUUCCUUAUUGGCAAUAAUUUUACUAAAAUACCCAGUUUACCUUAAUUCUUUUUUUUCUUCUCCCCACCUGUCCUACAAAGCAUGCAGUUCCAAUGAAACUCUCAAACACCUUCCCUUACUGUAUAACCAAUAAGUCAUUAAACUUUGAUAUUUCCAACUUUCCAGCAGACACGUGACCCUAAUAUUUUUUUUGACCUGCACGUGCCAUUACCAAAGUUUUUUCACACCGCAAUCACUCAACUUACGUUUCUACCUCCGUAUAUUAGAUGCAUGAGGUCGUAUUUAUUUGUCAUUUCACAUUUUAAAAAACUGAAAAAAUUCACAAAAUGUGGAACAAUCUGGAAAUUUUUUAACAACUCAUAUUUUCUCGUGGACCCCACUAUCUUUCUCGCCGUCAAAGAAAAAAGCGGAAAUUUUGGAGAAUUUAUAAUUUACUAAUAUUUCUAUAAAGAGCUGAAAUGUGUGGAAAUGGUGCGUAGGUUAAGAGCGUGUACCUUAUCAACCGGCGUUCAUUAGUAACAGUUCGGUGAUGCUAGGAGUAUUGUGUGCACGUGCUCCCAAGCCUUGGAUCCUCAACUCACUCUCUCUCAUCGCCCACGGCGGCUCGGCGGCUCGGCGGCUCACCACCAGGACAGCCGUCUAGUGCACUGGCAGACAAAUUUCGCCGACAUAUCAGCCGAUAAUCGGCGUUGCAGGCACCACUACACGGCUUGUCUGCUUGGCGGCUCAGACGGCGGUACUGCUUCUAUAUGGCACGCGAUCUUGCCAUGCGGCGGCGUUGGGGGAGGUUUGAGGAGUGGGGGGGUUUGGAAGAAUGUGGAGAGGAAAGGUGAAGGUUCCUGGAAUGUCGCUUGGGAUGCCAGGCCGGCUCGGUGGCUUCAUCGCCCCGAUUCUGCUUGGCUUCUCUUUGGACUUUGCGCUUGUCUGGAGCCGAUGAUUGAAUUCGUCGACGUUAAUUCCGAUGCUGAUGAAAAAAUCGAAGGCGCCGACUUAAAUUUAAUAAAUCGCUUCAUCGCCUAUGAGAAGAGUAGAAAUAGUUCGUCUUCGGGUUCUGCUGCUGCUAAUAAUUACAAAAUUACAGGGGUUUUAGCGGAUGGGCGAUGUCUUUUCAGAGCAAUUGCUCAUGGAGCUUGCUUGAAGAGUGGGGAAGAAGCUCCCGAUGAGAAUCGUCAAAGAGAACUCGCUGAUGAGCUGAGAGUUCAGGUUGUGAAUGAGCUUUCGAAGAGGCGGGAAGAAACGGAAUGGUUUAUUGAGGGAGAUUUUGAUGCUUACAUUAAGGAAAUUCAACAUCCUUACGUUUGGGGUGGAGAGCCUGAAUUAUUGAUGGCUUCUCAUGUUUUGAAGACUCGAAUUUCAGUCUACAUGAGUCAUAGAACCUCUGGUAAUUUGAUAAACAUAGCAAACUACGGGGAAGAGUACCAGAAGGACAAGGAGAAUCCUAUUAAUGUGCUAUUUCAUGGGUAUGGUCACUAUGACAUAUUGGAGUCGAUUCCAGAACAAAACUGCCACCAAGUGAACGCAUAGAAGUUGGGUCAUUAUAUGAUUAUGAUUGCAUAAAAAUAAGUUGAGCUUAUUUUAAAUGGAGGAAUUCCAUUGAACCAAGAAGUCUUAGGUUGAUAAAUUAGCUGCAUCUACCUCAGCUCUUGCGAUAAUCUUGAUUCAAUUUUGUAGUUUCCACAAUUUUUUUAUGAUUUUUAGAAACUCAAUUCAAUACAUCAAAUUGGUAAAGCAUUGUAGUUGUUCAAGCAUUUCUGAAAAAUCAGCGAUGACUGUUUCCUUUCUCAGAAAAUCUUUGGGAAAUUGAAUUAUCUCAAUCCUCUUUUCAGCUUUUCUUUUGAGUAUGUUGAAGCUUUGUAUAGAAAGAACAUUUGAGGGAAUACGGGAAGCCUUGCAAAUGUUGUAAAAAGCCAGUCAAUGAUAAGGUUUUGUUCCAACUUGUUAGCGAAAGUCUUCAAGUAGUGAAGAAGACAAGUGGAAUGACACACUGUCUUCUCAUGCUUCCAAAGUUUGGGUGCCAAGGAAAAGAGAAAGAUGAAACAAAAAUGCUUUGGAAGUAGCUGUGAAUUAUAUUGUUUUCGCCAUCUCAUUCUCCACUUUGGAACUUCUGAAUUUGUAUUAUUUUGAAUUUAAAUUAUUUUGGGUUUGUUCUGUUUUACGUUCGAGCUCUCCUGGGUUAAUCACAAUUUGGAAAAAUUAC